AUGGCGCACCAAAUGUUGGCUCCGUCCGUGAACUGUUCGCUGGAUGAUAUCGAUCUGAACGCACUAAAGGAUCCUGCUGGAAUCUUUGAGCUGAUCGAAGUCGUCGGAAAUGGAACAUACGGACAGGUGUACAAGGGUCGCCACACAAAGACUGGACAACUCGCUGCCAUUAAGGUGAUGGACGUCACCGAGGAGGAGGAGGAAGAGAUCAAGCUAGAGAUCAACGUAUUAAAGAAAUAUUCCAACCAUCGCAACAUUGCCACAUACUAUGGUGCAUUUAUCAAAAAGACGCCCGCCGGCAAAGACGACCAGCUGUGGCUGGUGAUGGAGUACUGCGGGGCCGGUUCCGUCACCGAUCUGGUAAAGUCGACCAAGGGCCAGAGCCUGAAGGAGGAAUGGAUAGCGUACAUCUGUCGCGAGAUUCUGCGCGGUCUGAGCUACCUGCACACGAACAAGGUGAUACACCGUGACAUCAAGGGGCAGAAUGUGCUGCUGACCGACAACGCGGAGGUCAAGCUGGUCGACUUCGGUGUUUCGGCCCAGCUGGACAAAACCAUCGGCCGGCGGAACACUUUCAUUGGUACUCCCUACUGGAUGGCGCCGGAAGUCAUAGCUUGUGAUGAAAACCGGGACGCAACGUACGAUAACCGGUCCGAUCUCUGGUCACUAGGUAUUACCGCGCUCGAAAUGGCAGAAUCACAGCCACCGCUGUGUGAUCUUCAUCCGAUGCGUGCGCUCUUUCUAAUUCCGCGCAAUCCACCACCGCGCAUGAAGUCGAAGAAGUGGUCGAAAAAAUUCCACAGCUUCAUCGACACGGUGCUGGUGAAAGAUUACCAUCAACGGCCUUACACGGAGCAGUUACUGAAGCACCCUUUCAUCAAAGAGCAACCAACAGAAAGACAAGUUAGAAUACAGCUUAAAGAUCAUAUCGAUAGGUGUAAGAAGCGUAAGCAGGAGAAGGAACGCGACGACUAUCGUUAUUCCGGAUCGGAAAAUGACGACGACGACGGACAAACGGCUGGCGAACCAUCUUCGAUCAUUCAGGCACCGGGCAACGAUACGCUGCGGCGUACGUUCCAUCAGAUACAGGAGGGUCGAAUGCAGAACCCCGAACAGCAGCAGCCACCGAACCGAAAUCAGAAACCACAACCUCGAGAUGAACGAAGUAAACCGCAACCGGUAGAGGAACCGGGUCCACCAUCCAGACCACAGCUACCGCAGCGUCUGAUAGUGGUACCGGAUCCACCGCCGAACAGUAACGCAAACCGACCGCUGCCACCGACACCGCGCAGUGGUAGCGGUUCGUCCUCCCAACCACAACAGCCAUCGUCACAGACGCCACAACAACCGGCACGCAAUCAGCAAAACUUCUUCAAACCGGUGCUGCCACCGAGACGACCUGAGGAAUUGGACAUGUUGGCCGCACAAUUAAACGAACUGGGCGUCUCCUCCCCCCCGCAGCAGUCGCAGCAAGCGCAACCGGAGGCGCCACCACGGAACAAUCGCCCCCAGCCCGGACCGCCCGUGCCUGGUCAGCAGGCGGCCCAGCAGCAACAGGUCAGUGCGGGAGGUGGGGUUGGUGCUAGCGGUGUCGGCAAGGCACCCGCCAUCGCGCCGAAUGGCAACAAUAACAGCAGCAAUGGGGGCGGUGGCAGCAGCGGCAACAUCAAUAACAAUAACCAUCAUCCGCAACCGAUCAAUCCGCUCGAUCCGAUCGAAAGCUCCGACUCGGACUCGGAACCGGAGGAACCGAACGGCCGAACACGAAACGACGGCACGCUUCUGGCCAGCGAUCCACCGAUGCCACUUCCCGAAUUUUCCUAUAGGACGGGUGGCUUGGGAGUGCUCGCCGAAUCCGACCAGAACAAUCAGUCGUCGUCGAGUACGCCAGCGGGCAGUGGAGCCGGUGUCCUGUCGCCACCGGGAGGCGGGGGCGGCGGCGGUGGUGGACCUCCGAACCGACCGCUACCACCAACGCCGGACGACGAUGAUGCACAGGGCGACGGGACACUCAUCAAGCGGAACUUCGACAAUAAGUCGUCCUCGUCGAUCGGAACGACCACCACCUCAUCGUCCGCCUCGACCGGCUCAACGACGCACUCCGAAAGCGACGAGGCCGUGCUGUUGCGCGAUUGGGACUUCGAAAGAUUCUUCCCAUCGAACGAGCGCCCGAAACCGGCCCAGCGUCACUCGAUGUCGGACAAAACGUCAUCGUCCUCCUCGAACUCGCCGGCCGACUCGAACGGGCGCCUGCGCCCGAACGCGAUCGACAACAAAACCCGCAAGGAGCUGGCCAACUCGACCGCUUCCUGCGCGAUGAAGCAUCCGUACCAGCAGCAACCGAUGAACCUGGCGUACGCCGAGAAGCGUAAGGUGGAGGAGAUGAACAACAAGAUCCGGCUGGAGGAGCAGGUGAAGCACGAAAUCUUUGCCCGCCAACGGUUACAGCUGGAUAAGGCUUCUUCGCCCUCCCGAGCCCCGGGCGGGCAACAACCGUCCCAGCAACAGCAGGCACACAAACGGCAGGAGUCGGAUUCGCGACUGCCGCUCAACUUUGCCCGUGCAUUCCGGCGCGAAAAUUCGGACUUUUUCCCACUCUCCAAGCGUCACUCGGCGAUACUGGGCGAAGCGACGGCGGAUGCGAAAUCAAUGUCACCGGGAGGGGGAGGCAGCAGUGCAGGCAGCCAGGGUUUGCACCAGCAGCAGCAACAACGCUCCAGUGCGAUCUUUUCGCGCAGCAGUCGCAACAAAUUCGAGCCAAUCUUGACCAACUUUUCGCUCAACAAUCCGUCCGGCAGUGAUGACGAGCGGCGUACAUCGUCCCGUCUAACUCCACCGCGGCUCGGCCAUCAGCAGGGUGCUGGAGCAGCAAGUGAAGGUGGUAGCGGUAGCGGUGUUGGUGGUGGGAACCCUACCGGCCGACAGCAGAGUCCGCUGGCAGGGUCGCAGGUGGCCGCCACCCGCAACAUGGACUUCUUGCGUCCGCGUCGCGAAAAAACUGAAUCGGUUAUCUUCGUACGUAAUUCGCCGAACCGGCCGCAGCAAUUGUUGCUGCUUGAUGGUCAACAGAAGAAUCGCUCCGGGGAGAACAGCAGCCUCGGUACGCCCGGGCAGCGAACGAGCAGCGUCCUGCCGGAUCUACUUAGUCAAGCAUCACCGGCAACACCUCCGAGACAUGACAAAUCCGCCAGCGAGGAGUAUCGGGCAGCGGUUAAUUCCUCCGUACAGUCGAACCUCGUCCCCGGUAGCAUGCAAUCCAAAUCCUUCCUUCCAGCUCCAAACAGUACGAACGGCGCAACCAACACCACCACCAACAACCUGAGCGCCGCUGGCCCGGUCAGUGGCACACCGGGCAGUAAAGGGAACGCUUCGCCCCAUUCGACCGUGUCGAACUCGUCGUCCUCCCGCAACAACAGUCCCAAUCAUUCGAUUAACACUAGACUCCUAAGCAGUAGUAGUAAUAGUAGUAGUAGCGUCGUCGUCGUCAAUCAUAAACUGCUCAAUAACAAUCAUUUACUACCUCCUCCCUACCAUCAACAAUAUCACCACCAACAACAACAUCAUCCAAUGCAACAUCACCAUCUGCCAAUGGGAACAAUGCCGGUGCAUCUGCUUCCCGGUGCUAAUGGGAACGCCAACAACCAACAAUCAUCACCGGGUGCGGCACCACAAACGCAACAACCACCGCUGCCGGUGUCGCCAUUUUCGCUGGCCCUGCAACAGAAGCAGCGCAGCUUUCUCACGUUUGGCUUCGGCGCACAGUCAGGCGGAUCGGCCGCAUCGCGCCGCGAAAGCCAUGUGAACGUGAACGUCACACCGACGUCCCAUGAUGCGGCAAGCGAUACGCCCGAAAUUCGGAAGUACAAGAAGCGCUUCAAUUCGGAGAUCCUUUGUGCGGCACUGUGGGGCGUGAACCUGCUGAUCGGUACGGAGAAUGGGUUGAUGUUGCUGGAUCGAUCCGGACAGGGCAAGGUCUACCAGCUGAUAUCUCGUAGACGGUUCCAGCAGAUGGAGGUGCUCGAAGGACAAAACAUUCUGGUGACCAUCUCGGGCAAGAAGAAUCGUGUCCGCGUGUACUACCUGUCCUGGCUCAAGUCGAAGAUCUUGCGCACGGAUGGACUGACGGAUCAACAAGUGGAACGUCGCAACGGCUGGAUCAAUGUCGGUGAUCUGCAGGGUGCAGUGCACUUCAAGAUCGUCAAGUACGAGCGAAUCAAAUUCCUUGUGAUCGCUCUGAAAGACUCGAUCGAAAUCUAUGCCUGGGCCCCGAAGCCCUAUCAUAAGUUUAUGGCAUUUAAGAGCUUCGGUGAGCUGAUGCAUCGGCCCCUUUUGGUCGAUCUGACGGUCGAGGAACAGACGCGGCUAAAGGUCAUCUACGGGUCGGCGGAAGGUUUCCAUGCGGUCGAUCUCGAUUCGGCAACCGUUUACGAUAUCUAUCUUCCUAAGCAUACUCAGGGUCCAAUUUCGCCACAUUGUAUCGUAACACUGCCGAACUCGAACGGUAUGCAGCUGUUGCUGUGCUACGACAACGAGGGUGUCUACGUCAACACGAUGGGCCGCGUGUCGAAGAACAUCGUGCUGCAGUGGGGUGAAAUGCCAACCUCCGUUGCGUACAUCGGUACCGGUCAAAUUAUGGGCUGGGGCAACAAAGCAAUCGAGAUCCGCUCGGUAGAAACCGGCCACCUGGAUGGUGUGUUUAUGCACAAAAAGGCGCAACGUCUCAAGUUCCUUUGCGAGCGGAACGACAAGGUUUUCUUCAGCAGUGCCAAAGGCGGCUCGUCCUGUCAGAUCUACUUCAUGACGCUGAAUAAACCGGGCAUGGCCAAUUGGUAA